GGGCAGCAGUGAUAUAGGAAGAUUCUGAAAGGUUUCCUCUCAUACUGUGUGGGAGAUGGCAAUGGUAAACCUCUCCUGUAUUCUACCAAAGAAAACCACAGGGCCCUGGGGGUGCCAGGAAUUGAUACUGACUUGAUGGCACAACUUUGCUUUUAAGGAGACCCUGCUCCAAGUUUUCCUGGUGAGAUUAGGCAAGUGGUGACUGGAGAUAGGAUAUCUUUGGUUAUUAUUAUUAUUAUUAUUUACAUUUAUAUCCCGCUCUUCCUCCAAGGAGCCCAGAGCGGUGUACUACACACUUGAGUUUCUCUUUCACAACAACUGAUGAGAUUAGAUUGAAGUAGGUUAGGUUGAGAGUGAAGUGACUGGCCCAGAGUCACCCAGCUAGUUUUAUGGCUGAAUGGGGAUUUGAACUCCGGUCUCCCCGGUCCUAGUCCGGCACUCUAACCACUACACCACGCUGGCUCACAUAUCCACGCUGGCUCACAUACCAUUUCAGAACUGAAGCUGUGGUAGAGUGUGGAACUACACACACAGAAAAGUAGGGAGAAAAUAUUUCAUCCAUGUGGACAAAAUCAGAAAGACAGCAUGGAGGAAAUAUGAAGGGACAGCGACUGUAUAAUUGCUUUCACAAUGUCACUCAACUGCUCUUAUGAAGACUGCAUUACUGCGUGCUGCCUUCAGCUGUGAAUGAGAACUCUUGAUAACAUUGUUUUGGAUUUUUCUUCUGUGCUUCAAACCAGAUCAACAAGUUUUGUCUCCUUCAGUGGCAAAGGAGAGCUGGAGAGUCACUAUCUUGCUGGGAGAGUCUCUUUAUGAGCUUGAUGUCUGAACUCUUUUUAGUGCAAUAGACCUUUUUCGGAAAAGAUGCUGCGCUACUGGGGUGAGAUCCCCGUCUCAGCCAUUCAGGCCAACCGCAGCUCCUUUGACUUGCUUCAGCGGGAAUUUCGCACCGUGGAGGUCCAGGACCCUCCCCUGCAUCAGCCUUCCGCCAACAAGCCCAGGCCUACCACCAUGCUGGACAUCCCCUCAGAGCCAUGUAGCCUCACCAUUCACACCAUCCAGCUCAUCCAACACAACAGACGACUGCGCAGUCUCAUUGCUAUGGCUCAGAAUCAGAACCAGCAGCAAGCGGAGGGUAUAAAACUGGAAGAGAGUGAGCCUUUGCCAACCUGUCCUGGUUCCCCGCCUCUCCCGGAUGACUUGCUUCCUUUGGAUAGUAAAAUGCCCAAAAUGCCAUUUCAGUUGCGGCACAGUGACCCAGAGAGUGACUUUUACAGAGGCAAAGGGGAACCAGUAACUGAGCUGAGUUGGACCUCUUGCCGCCAGCUUCUUUACCAGUCGAUAGCCACCAUUUUGGCUCAUGCAGGCUUUGAGUGUGCCAAUGAAAAUGUCUUGGAGACUCUGACAGACAUAGCUCAUGAAUACUGCUUGAAGUUCACUAAGCUCCUGCGUUUUGCUGUGGACCGAGAAGCUCGGCUUGGACAGACCCCUUUCCCAGAUGUCAUGGAACAGGUGUUCCAUGAAGUGGGCAUUGGUAGUGUGCUCUCUCUGCAGAAGUUCUGGCAACACCGGAUUAAAGAUUAUCACAGCUAUAUGCUACAGGUCAGCAAGCAACUCUCUGAAGAGUAUGAAAAGCUUGUCAAUCCUGAGAAAGCAGCAGAGGACACAAAACCUGUGAAGAUCAAGGAGGAGCCAGUCAGUGACAUCACAUUUCCCAUGAGUGAGGAGCUGGAGGGGGAUCUAGCAUCUGGGGACCAGUCUUUGCCUGUGGGAGUACUUGGAGCUCAGAGUGAGCGCUUUUCAGCUCACCUGGAAGCAGAAGGGUCUCCACAAGCUUCAGUAAGCUCUCUGCCUCCAGGUGGUGAGGUGAACACUUCCCCUCUUUGGAAUUUGGCCCCGGUGAAGAUGGAGCCUCAGGAGAGUGAGGAGGGCAACGUCCAUGGGCACCAUGGCGUCUUGGGCAGUGAUGUGUUUGAGGAGCCAAUGUCAGGCAUAAGUGAAGCUGGCAUGCCACAGAGCAAUGACUCGGAAAGCAGUUAUGGGUCUCAUUCUGCGGAUAGCCUAAUGGGGUCUUCACCAGUCUUCAACCAGCGCAGCAAGAAGAAGAUGAAGAAAAUGUAAAUUUGGCCUGUUGGUCGUGACAGUAUGGACUGAUUCAACAAACAGCCCAGAACAACACUGGACUCCAAGCAAGAAGUCAGCCUGUGAGUUGAUGGAGUCAUUGAUUGAAUUUUUUAUGUGGUGUUUUGUCCUUUACUCUGCCUGCCUGUAAUCUGCCUUGAAUAUGAAUAUGCUUUAUGCUCCCCAUUUGCUAGAUUACCAGGCAGCUUAAAGUGAACCUGUACUGCAUCAAACCUAGUCCUAUCUUCAGGUGGCUGGGCAAAGGGCAAAGAUUAGAUUGUGACCCUUGCUGAAGUGACUGCAAGAGCAGUCACUCUUGCCCAAAGCUAGUUGUGGUAGUAAAAUAAUGCUAGUUCAUUUCAUUGGAAUUCCACAUGGAAAGUUGCUACUCCACUGAGUUCUCAGCAAAUUAAACAUGGAUUCUUAUCACAACUUGAAGCAAGAUAACUUCUAUAUUGGUACUUGGUUUCCUUUGAAUAAAGAUAAUAAUUCCAUUAGUUCUAUGACUACAAUGAUUGGUUGAUCGAAUCUUGAAUCUGUAAGAUUUGUAUUUUUUUUAAUGGAAAAAAUGGAAGGGACAUGAAUUCCUGUUUAAUCUGUGUUGGAAACCACAAUCUAUCCAAGAACUGAACUAGAAUGUGUAGAUUUUCUGUUUGAACUAGCCUGAAUUUGUAUUUUAGAAAAAUGAGCGCAUGGUUUAGUAUUUCUGUUUGCCUUUAUAAUGGUCACUGUUACUCUUCUUAUUUGUAUUUUUGUUCCUAAUCAUGUUUUGUUUCAUUGUGCAGGAGGCAGAUAAAUAAAACUUGACUUGCAUGCA